AUGACCCAGAUAUUUCUUACCGGUGCCACGGGCUACAUUGGGGGUGAAGUCCUCCACGCUUUGCAGCAUGCGCAUCCUGACUACGAGGUUGCUGCCUUGAUCAGAGAUAAUGAAAAGGCCAAGAAGGUUAUUGCUGCAUUUCCCAAGGUCCGCGUGGUCCUUGCGGAUUUGGACAAUGUUGAAAUCAUUGAGAAAGAAUCCCGCAAAGCCGACAUCGUUAUCCAUGCUGCUAGUAACAAGCAUCUCGGAAGCGUGAAAGCGAUCUCAAAUGGCCUGGCGGGACGUCAGAAUGCUUAUUACCUUCAAGUCACCGGGGCUAGUGUUUUGGCAGGUCCUGAAAUUGAUAACAGCUCGUAUGGCGAGCCCUCAGAUCAAAUUUUUGACGAUUUGGAUAACGUUGCUGAUCUCCGAGACAUAAUCCGGGCAUACAAGAAUCGUCGAGUGGUGGAUAACUACAUCCUUGACUUAGGCUCCGGUGGCCCAAAGACUGCCAUUAUCUUCCCUCCUAUCAUAUUUGGCACCGGUAAAGGUCCCGCGAAUCAGCGCAGCGUGCAGGUUCCCUCAUUGGCCCGGGCCGCUCUACUGCAACGUGUUGGUCUCUACCUUGGCAGGGGACUAAGUCGAUGGGGUAUUGUUCAUGUCUCUGACUUGGCCAAUCUCUUUGUCAAAUUGGUAGAGCAUGCUGUCAACGCCACCCCCGCCCCUAUCUGGAAUGAGAACGGCCUUUUCUUUGCGGAAAAUGGUUUCGAGAGCUUCAAGGAUGUCGCUUUGGUGAUUGCCAAAGAGGCACAUAGCCUUGGUUACAUCGAUUCCCCUGACUCGGUGCAAUCCAUGAAUAUUGAUGAGGCCAACGUUGUGAUACCCAAUGGAGUUGUGUUUCUCGGUACCAAUGGUCAAGGUCGAGCUUUGCGGGCAAGAACAUUAUUAGGAUGGCAACCCAAUGGCGAGAGCUUCCAAAAGGCCGUGCGGGAGACAAUCAUUGCUGAAGCGGCACAGCUGUGA